AUGUCUCGAUCAGCAGCAGAUGCCACGCGCUUUACAUCCACCACACCGCACGCGUCGGCGAAGUUCCACCCGUCGGCCGUGAAAGCGAAUUCUGCACCACCAAGGAAACCAGGGCCGCCAGGGGAAACACCACAAGAGAAGGUUAGGAGACUUAGAGCCGCUGCGGACGCUGCUCGAAAUGCACAGGUCUCGACGCUUGAUAAGUUGAUCCUGAGGGGGCGGGUCUGGGCAGACAAAGCCCAUCGGUUUACGGCGCUGAGUUUGAUCGGGGCUACUUUUAUUGCGGGUGGCAUCACAGUAUACGCCUUGACAGACAUGAUGAUCUACAACCGUCGGAAACGCGCCGAGUUCUUCGCGGAGCAGAAAGCUCAGUACGAUGCCGCUAUCCAUACGGCAAAAGAGGCAUUGGCAUCUGGUACCGCGACGGAAGCCCAGAUCAACUUUCUAAAUAUGGAUAAUGCAGAGAAGGCCCGGGUGGAAGCACUGAAGGCUGAGAAGGAACAGAAGAAGGGCAUUUUCAAGAAGGGAUCAGAAUGGCUGUUCUCGGGCCUGAAGAAAGAGGAGGGGGCUGAUGAUGCAGCGAUUAGCCAGGCCACUCUGGGAGUUGAGGCACCAAAAGAAGCAGCCGAUUCAUUAGUGAAGGUAGAGGGUGAGGUCAUGAAGGCAAUUGACGAGAAGAAGAUGACUAUAGCGGAUAAGGCCAAGCAAGCCUUUGAGAACGAGAAGGAGAGACAACGAACCGGUGGCCCUCUAGACCGGAUAGGAGUUUCGACAGAUGAUUCUAAGUCCGGGGAAGAAUCCCCGAAGUCUGGAGGCUGGUUUUCUUUUAUAACCAGACGGUCAUGA